GCCAAAUAGCGACCUCCCUCGCGCGGGGUUGUAUGAUGCCGUGCCAAGAACCCCUCGACCUCCACGACAUCUUCCACUCUCGCCUAGACUCCUUAUCACUUGCAUCCAACUGUGCCCAACCGCCUCGGGUGCUGCCCAUCGCCAGCCAUUCCCUCUGCCUUCCAUCACGCCCCUCCCCCCCGCCACGCCAUCGCCAACAUGCAGGUCCCCCUCCUCCGCCUCUCGUGCGGCGUCAACUCGUACGAAUGGGGCAAGAAGGGCACCGACUCGGCCGCCGCCCGCUUCGCCGCUGCCACGCCCUCAGAUACCCUGUCCAUCCAGGCCGACAAGCCCUACGCAGAGCUCUGGAUGGGCAGUCAUCCAUCCAACCCCUCCAAGGACGUCGUCACCGGCCGCUCCCUGCUCGACCUCUUCUCCGAAAACAAGGCCCUCCUGUCUGCGUCCGUCUCGGGCAAGUACGGCGACAAGCUGCCCUUCCUCUUCAAGGUCCUGUCCAUCAACAAGGCCCUGUCCAUCCAGGCCCACCCCAAUAAGAAGCUCGCCGAGCAGCUGCACGCCCGCGAUGCCAAGAACUACCCCGACGACAACCACAAGCCCGAGAUGGCCAUUGCCAUCACCCCCUUUGAGGGCCUCUGCGGCUUCCGGCCCUUGGCCGAGGUGGCGCACUUCCUGGCCACGGUGCCGUCUCUGCGGCGGCUGGUCGGCGAGGACAAUGCCAAGGCCUUCGAGGCGGCGGCCAAGGACGGAUGCGAGGGCGUGACCGACGACAAGAAGAAGGCGCUGAAGAAGGCGUUUGGCGGCCUCAUGUCCUCCUUCUCGAGCGACGUUGCCGCCGAGAUCCCCAAGCUGGUCGAGCAGGCCAAGUCGGAGGGCAGCGGCUUCGCCUCGGGCGGCGUCCCGUCUACGCGGGGCGAGGUCAUGGCCGAGCUGGUGACGCGGCUCCACGGCCAGUUUGGCGAGGACAUUGGCCUCUUCGUCCUCUUCUUCCUCAAUUUCGUCACGCUGCAGCCCGGCGAGGCGCUGUUCCUCGUCGCCGACGACAUCCACGCCUACGUCUCGGGCGACAUCAUCGAGUGCAUGGCGGCGUCGGACAACGUGGUGCGGGCGGGCCUGACGCCCAAGUUCAAGGACGUGUCGACGCUGGUGGACAUGCUGACGUACAACUACGCGCCCAUCGACGAGCAAAAGAUGGCGCCCACCGAGUACCCCUACGCCACGCUCAACCGCGCCGGCUACAGCUCCGGCUCGUCCGUGGCGCUCUACGACCCGCCCAUCGAGGAGUUCGCCGUAGUGCGCACCCUGCUGCGCGGCGACGGCGCCAAGGCCACGUUCGAGCCGCUCGACGGGCCCAGCAUCAUCAUCUGCACGAGCGGCAAGGGAAAGAUCUCGGUGGGGCCGACCAGCCACGAGAUGAAAGAGGGCUACGUCUUCUUCGUUGGCUCGACGGCCGAGCUGGUCCUCGAGUCGCAGGGUGGCGAGGACGACGAGUUUACCACGUUCAAGGCCUUUUGCGAGAUUGAAGGUUCGGAGAAGCAGCGACUGUAGACGACGUAUGGGGGAGGGGACGUGCCAAGGACAUGGCGAUGAUGAAUGGGUGCAGAAAAACAAAUGGGAGUUUAUUCACGGAACAUUACGAAGCAAAACACGGCGCAUUGAGGCCGCGACCAUGGCAAAAGGAAUUGGUGCAGACAGACAUGCUAGCGUCAAUGCGUGGCCUUUGUAACCGUACGUUAUGCCAUGGCAGCGUCUGACGUUGAGCUGCUUCAGUUCACACGCUGCCCCCGUUCCUCC